AUGAGUACGGACCAGCCAACAUCGACGCGGCCCUUGACUUAUGUUAUCAUCCCUCUCCUCGCCAUAUUCGUCGUCUGCUCAGCAUUCUUGUUUUUUCACAUACGACGUCGCCGUCGCCGUCUCGUCCCCGCUGACGGCUGGGCUCGCGGGCGAUGGGUCACACGGGAUGGGACCAUCAUGUUCAUCCCACGGCACUACAGACGGAAUCCAUGGGGCGGGUUUCACUCUUCAGAAGGCCUCAACGAGCUGGGAGAAGCGCCGCCUCCGUACAAGUUCAAGGUCAUCACGACAGAAGAAAGCGAAGCUGCAGCGGGAGCUGGAAGGCCAACGGAGCUGAGAGACUUGGAGGAGGGGAGGAGGCCGCCGGAGUAUAUCGCGGAGCCACCGCCGGCGGUCACGACUGAGUCGAGGAGGACGGUAGUGUAA